CCGCGCCCUCAUGCGGUGUUACACAUGUGUGUUCGCCUUGACGCUUUGGUCCGCUUCGUUACAGCUAGCAGCAGUGGGUGAAGUUACCGCGUUGUCGUAUGGGCGUGUUGGAAUCAAUUAGGUUAGCCUUUCGGGGCCUUGUGUGUGGCUAGGGCAUCCUUGGGACAGCCAAGGGCUGAAAAGCCCAGAUCGAAACAGCCUCUCACAUCGCUGCUCAGCACCGUCGGGGGCAAUGUUUCUUUGACUAAGACCCAGCUGAUUUCUCUCUCGCACUUCGGUAAAAAAGCCAAUUGACUAAACUGCGCUCUCCAAUGCGUCGCCAGCAUGGGUUUUUGUCUACAAUUGCGUCUACUGUUAUGGAAAAACUACACGCUGAAGAAAAGAAAGCCAUUGGUGCUGCUGUUCGAGCUAGUCAUACCACUAGUCCUGUUCUUCAUUUUGAUUGGCAUACGAAAAAAACAGCCAGCCUAUCCAGUGGGGUCCUCCUCUUUCCCUGCCUUUCCGCUACCAUCAGCUGGAGUCAUUGCUGUGAUGCAGGCUUUCUGUGACAAUGGUGUGAGGGAUAGCAAUGGCUUUGCGACAUUUCCUAACAGCACAGUUACUCCAUUUCUGGAACGACUAAAGAAUGUUUCGAAGCACCACAACUUUUUUUUACCUGGAUUUACGCUUGGCGACUUAGAUCUUAUUCCUUCAAUCUUCAAGACCAUUGUAGAGGAUCCCAUAGCCCUACAUGAUUGUUUUUCACAGGCACCAGCCAUGAGGGUCGACUACUUCCUCAAGGACCCUGAUGAGCUUAAGGACUUUUUAUCUACGAACUUAUCACUGCCAAUUCGAGAUCUGGAUGUUUUAUUUAAUUCUUCUCUAGAUAUGAGACAAGUCUACUUUUCCUUGUUUGGCCAACCAUUUAACAAACAUCCUGAUGAGUCACUGGACCCUGCGUCAUCUGCUUUGGAGAAUCAGCAGCACCACUUCAGUGCUCGUCAGGCAGUGUCCAGUGCACCUGUCUUCUUAGUGGUGCCCAGCUUUUUGCCUGGAAUACAUCUCAGCUUUCAGCAUCUUGAAUUUAUCCUCAAGCUGAUGCGUACCUAUCCUCAUGAGUCGGCACAUCUGCUUAGUGUAUUGCGAUGGGUUCUUGACACGGAUCAUUCCCAGCCACCUCCAAAAAUUAAUCCCGAAGAAGCAGCAUCUAGUCUUGUGGCAUUGCUGCUGUCCCCAGAAGUGUUGAGAGCAUCAUUCUGUGAAUACCAUGAAAUGCCCAAAGUGUUCAAGUUGAAUGCCUCGAUCUCAGCAGAGAGUAUUGCUGAUCUUCAGAUGCAUUUCUGCAACCUUACAAGUAGUGAAACUGCACUACUGUCUUCAGAGCUGAAACGACAAGUCGACCGCAAGAAACUUGCUGAGACACUCGCUCUUGACCAUUGGAACUUAUCCGUCGCCCACAAAAGAAUGGAAAAGCUUGCAGAUGAUUUACACAGGUUUAAUCUCUUCGAAACUGCCGUGCAAGAAAUCUCGGAGCUGGCUUUGGAAUUGCCUCAGGAUGCAUGCCACAAUCUCAAUGACACAAACUCCACUUUGCCUCAUAAUGCCACCGUCUUGGAGGAUGAGAGCACUUCUUCAAACAGCCAUCAAAUUCUAGACCAGGUCAAGAGGACAAAGCCACAGUAUGGCCUUUUGAGAAUUUGGCUUGGAAUGCAGCGCAUGGUCUGUGGAAAAGUUGAAAAAUCAGAAGCAAGCAUGUCCAGUGAUGAUGAAGACAUCAAUCUGAAUAUUGGCAUUUCAGAGUACCAGAAGGAGCAGAUUGGAAUUCUUGUCCACGUACUAUAUAGCAACCCGAAAGUACUUUACACUCCUAACAAUACCGCUGCUAAUUUAAUUGUUCACAAGGCAAAUGAAACAUUCAGACUGCUGGACACAGUGACACAGUAUGCCAAGAAGAUGCUUAACAUUUCCCGAGACAUAAGAGACUACCUGGCACAAAAUAGCAGCGACUAUUCAUUGGCAAUGCUGAAGCAUAUGAGAGAUAACCUGCGGCACUAUCCACUGGUGCUAGAUGUGGCUCAUAGCCAGGCACUGCGUGAAUUUGCUCGUGGUAACAGUGCCUCAGUCAUUGAGAACAAAGAGGCAUUCCUGCAUCGGCUUGAUGUGAUUGACAAUGCAGCUUGCUCCUGGAUUGCACUGAUGUCAGGCCUUAGUCUCAAUAUGUUCAGGGGCUUCAGUUCGGAGGAAGAUCUCAUGGCCUAUUUUAAGAACAGGGCCUACUUUGACAAUGUCACCAUACUUGCAAGUGUCUUAUUCAACAUGGACCAGAAUGGUUCGAUGCCACGUCAUAUGACUUACACCAUCCGACAAAAUGCGUCAUUCACUCCAACCACCAACCUGAUGCGUAGUCGGUUCUGGUUUCCUGGUCCUCGCAAUUGGGGUUAUGAAUACUACCAAUUUGGAUUCGUGUGGCUGCAGGAUAUCCUUGAGCGUGCAAUGGUGAAUGUGUACACUGGUCGAGAUGUCACUGAGCCUGGCACCUACAUUCACCAGUUUCCAUAUCCAUGCUACAUACAGGACCAGUUCCUGUUUAUGAUUGAACAUGUGAUGCCAUUAUGCAUGGCGAUUUCAUGGGUCUACUCUGUUGCAAUGCUAGUUCAAAAUGUUGUUUAUGAAAAAGAAAAACGACUAAAAGAAGUGAUGAAGACUAUGGGCUUGAACAAUGCAGUUCACUGGCUUGCCUGGUUCAUCACGAGCUUCAUUCAAAUGACCAUAACAGCAGCUGUCUUGACUGCAUUGCUGAAAUAUGGACGUGUAUUGACCUACAGCAACCCCUUGAUCUUUUUCUUAGUCCUUGAGAUAUUCGUGAUUGCCAACAUUGCCUUUUCGUUUCUAGUGAGUGUUUUAUACUCCAAGGCCAAGCUUGCAGCAGCCUGUGCAGGCAUCAUCUAUUUUCUUACUUAUGUGCCCUACAUGUACAUAGCUGUUAGAGAAGAAGCAGCUCACAACAAUAUACCUGCUUGGUUGAAAAGCCUUGCUUCCCUGCUUUCUACUACAGCAUUUGGCUUGGGUGCCAAAUAUUUUGCCUUCUAUGAGGAGGUCGGAGUUGGAGUGCAGUGGGCCAACAUAGGCAUUUCGCCCCUUGAAGAUGAUACAUUUAGCCUGGCCCAUGUCGCUUUUAUGAUGCUAAUCGAUGCCUUCAUCUAUUCUUUGCUCGUCUGGUACAUUGAGAAUGUGCACCCAGGCUCAUAUGGUCUCCCUAGACCAUGGUAUUUCCCAUUGACCCACAGCUACUGGUUUGGUGGUGGCAGACAUGACCUUGAAUAUGGCUCUUUGCGGUACUUCUGGCGGAAGUUAUUGCGGAAGCAUGCGGCCCACUUGUCUGUGACUGAAGAAGAGCAAGCUUGUGCAAUGGAAGGUCGAACAGCUGAUGCUGGCUUUUUUGAGCCAGACCCAUCAGAGCUACCACUUGGUGUCUGCAUUGACAACCUAGUAAAGAUUUACAAAGAUGGCAAGAAACUUGCUGUAAACAAGCUCAGCCUAAAUUUGUAUGAAGGACAGAUAACUUCCUUUCUGGGACAUAAUGGAGCUGGAAAAACUACUACAAUGUCAAUUCUUACAGGGCUUUUCCCCCCAACUUCUGGAUAUGCAACAAUAUAUGGACACGACAUUCGCACAGAAAUGGAUGUGAUUCGACAGAGUAUGGGCAUGUGUCCACAACACAAUGUGUUGUUUGACGAGUUAACUGUGGAAGAACACUUGUGGUUUUAUGCCCGCUUAAAACAUACUCCUGACAGCAACAUCAGAGAUGAGACAGAAAAGAUUAUCCAGGAUCUUGGAUUGCCCCUAAAGCGCUUCAGCAAAGUUGACUGCCUGUCAGGUGGCAUGAAGCGUAAGCUGUCAGUGGCUAUUGCCUUUGUUGGGGGCUCACGUGUAGUAAUCUUGGAUGAGCCAACGGCAGGUGUGGACCCUUACUCUCGUCGUGCCAUAUGGGACCUCAUUCUGAAGUACAAAAAAGAGAGGACCAUUUUGCUGUCUACUCACCACAUGGAUGAGGCAGAUGUAUUGGGGGACCGUAUUGCUGUCAUUUCUCAUGGACAGUUGCGAUGCUGCGGCACAUCUUUGUUUCUUAAGAACAACCUCGGAAAGGGAUACCAUCUUACUUUGGUGAAGCAGCCACCUCGGCAUAUUUCUGGGGACCCCGCUGCAGAGUGCUGCGAGAAGGCUGUUACGCUGUUCAUUCGCCAUCAUGUUGAAACAGCUGCGCUUGUGUCUGAAACACAGCAUGAGUUGCAUUAUAUUUUGCCAUUGUUCGAAUUGCGGAAGGGAAGUUUCGAAAAGCUCUUCUCCGCGCUGGAGUCCAGCUUGGCUGACCUGGGCGUGUCCAGCUAUGGCAUCAAGAACACAACUCUUGAAGAAGUCUUUCUCAAAGUGGCUGAGGAGGCUAGCCGGUCUGACUCUGAAAAUUACGAUGAGUCCCCGAUGAAGCCAAAGGUUAUUUCUUCAAAUCAUGGUGAAGGCAGCACAUGUGCAGAGGAGAAACAGCCGCUGACAGAAUUCGGGUAUAGUCUUGCUGAAUUGUCAGGGUCCAGUGGUGGUGAUGUUGAUGAGGCCAGUCAGUGGAAUGGAUAUACAAACUCGGGGGAGGAGCCAACAGCUGGUGGCAGCUGGGUGGGCAAUGGUCGCCGGGUGGAAGGAAAGUUACUGCUGGUGCAGCAGCUGAGUGCCAUCCUGCUUAAGCGCUACUACUGCACCCGACGCAACUGGAAGGGCCUCUUUUCACAGAUCUUGCUGCCGGCCUUUUUUGUCAGCAUUGCCAUGUCGGUGGCCCUAACAGCACCUCAUGUCGAGGACCCUCCACCUUUGACAUUGUCACCAUCCCGGUAUUACAACUACACUCAACCGCGAGGCAAUGUGGUUCCUUACGCCUUUCGAGAUGAGGCCCGGCCAAAGUGGAAUGUUGAUGCUGACGCACAGCAUUUGGCUGCUACUCUUCGACUUCCAUCUGGUGUUGGUGCCACUUGUGUCUUACUAUGGCCUCUCAAUGGAAGCAGCAGCAUCCUGGUACCUUCAUCCAAUGCUAACUAUUCAGAGCGCUCCCUUGACUGGGAUAUGCUAGAUGCCUUUGAGCCUGAGUGCCGAAGUGUGUUUGUGCCAGGACUCCCCUUGGACAACUUUGUGCCACCCCUUCCGACAGUUGAAAGCCCCACUGGAGAUCCUGUGGAUGUUACCACAUCACCAGGAAAUAUCUUUCAUCACGUCAACAUUUCAAAGCCAGUGAAAGAAGGGAAAGAACGCUUCUACCCAUAUUGUCAUUGUUCAGCAGAUAAAACAGGUUAUGUCUGUGAGCCUUAUGGCUUCCAAGAUCCACCAAUGUUCAGGGCUUUGACUGGCGAUAUCCUUCUUGACAUAAGCAGCCAGAAUGAGCACGAGUACUACUUGUACACAACUGAUAUGUACAGGCUUCGAAGAUAUGGAGCGUUUUCCUUUGGUCUGUCACGUGACUAUGUACCUUCGACUUUUGGAGAAGACGCACCAGCACUCUUUAGAAAAAUUGCUGUCAGAGACGUUGCCAAGGUGUGGUACAACAAUAAAGGAUACCAUGCAAUGCCCACAUAUGUCAAUAGCAUCAAUAAUGCCAUCCUAAGGGCUAACCUUCCACCUGAAAAUGGACACCCAUCUACUUAUGGAAUUACUGUGGUUAACCAUCCUAUGACGGACACAUCUUUCCUGCUGUCAAAGGAUCAAAUCUUACAAGGAACGGAUGUGCUGAUUGCCAUCUUCAUCAUUGUUGCAAUGUCAUUUGUGCCAGCAAGUUUUGUACUAUUCCUGGUCUAUGAGCGCUAUACCAAAGCCAAGCACCUGCAGAUAGUCAGCGGUGUCAAUCCUGUGGUGUAUUGGCUGGCUAACUACUUCUGGGAUAUUUGUAGCUAUGUUGUCCCUGCAACAUGCUGUGUUCUUAUUCUCCUUAUUUUUGAUAUUCCUGCGUAUACAUCAGCAAAGAAUUUCCCAGCUGUGCUCUCAUUGUUUCUUCUCUACGGGUGGUCAAUCACACCAGUUAUGUACCCUGUUUCUUUCGUAUUCAAGGAGCCAAGCACAGCCUAUAUUUUUCUUAUUGUGAUCAACCUCUUUGUUGGGAUCACAUGUAUUGUGACCAGCUUCUUGCUUGAAGUUUUCUCCUAUGAUGCCUACCUUGGUGAAGUUCAUCACUUACUCAAGGCCAUUUUUCUUAUGUUUCCUAACUACUGCCUUGGAAGAGGAUUAAUGGACAUUGCUUUUAAUGAGUACCAGAACUUCUUCUUGUUCAAGACAGGUCGGUAUGACCGAAUGCGGUCACCAUUUGCGUGGGAUUUAGUUACCAGAAAUCUUUUGGCCAUGGCACUGUCUGGAAUGCUCUUCUUGGUGCUCACUCUACUUCUAGAGUUCAACUUCUUUUUGAAGCCAAAAAAAGUAAUUGUGCCUGAGGCUCUUAAUAUCACUGAAGAUGAGGAUGUCCAAAAGGAAAGAAGACGUGUUCUUAGUGGUCAAACAGACUCUGCAGCACUCUGCCUGGUGAACCUAACAAAGAUAUACCACACCAGGAAACUGGGCAAGCAUUUGGCUGUUGACCGGCUGUGUUUGAGGAUUCCGAAGGGAGAGUGCUUUGGCCUUCUUGGUGUUAAUGGUGCUGGAAAAUCCACAACGUUCAAAAUGCUAACUGGUGACACAGAGAUAACAUCAGGAGAUGCUUAUCUAAAUGGACACAGUGUGUCACGUGAGCUGAACAAAGCACAACAGUACAUUGGCUAUUGUCCCCAGUUUGAUGCUCUCUAUGACGAACUUACAGCCAAGGAGCACUUGAGACUGUACUCAAGGUUUCGUGGUAUCCCAGUGAAGGAUGAAAACAAGGUUAUUGAAUGGACUCUGCAAAAGCUAGGAUUGACCUCAUAUGCUGACCGUGUGGUGGGAACAUACAGUGGUGGCAACAAGCGCAAGUUGUCCACAGCCAUUGCUUUACUUGGUGGACCACCAGUUAUAUAUCUGGAUGAACCUACCACAGGCAUGGACCCGUACACACGGCGAUUCCUUUGGGACUUGAUUCAAGACCUAGUGCGAGGAGGCCGAUCAGUGAUUCUGACCUCUCACAGCAUGGAAGAAUGUGAAGCCCUGUGCACAAGGCUGGCCAUUAUGGUCAAUGGCCACUUCAAGUGUUUGGGCAGCAUUCAACACCUGAAGAAUCGUUUUGGGGAAGGCUACUGUAUUACUGUCAGAACAAGAGGAACAUCCCAUGAUGCCGUUGCUGCGUGGUUCCACAGAGUCUUCCAUAAUGCCACGCUCAAGGAGCAGCAUUUCAACAUGCUUCAGUAUGAAUUGAAGUCUGAGAACAUAUCCCUGGCUUAUGUAUUCUGCCAGAUGGAACAAGCCCUUGUAGAACUUCCAAUAGAGGAGUAUUCUGUGUGCCAAAACACUUUAGACAAUGUGUUUAUAAACUUUGUAAAGCAGCAGUCUGAAAGAGGACGAGAGCUGAAGUUCUGGUCAUCAACUGGCAAACGGGCCUCUCCAAUCAAAAAGAGCCAGGCAGGGCUGCCACUGGAUGACACAAUUGGAGACAGUGAUGAUGAGGACGACAUUGGGGAGCGCCUUCAAAGAUCUCAGAGCCAUCUGGCAUUCCUCAACAUGGAUGUGGACUGCUGAAGGGCAGGUGCUGUCUGAAGCUGGUGAUCAAAGAGCAGUGGCAACUGCUUCCCUUAAUGUUUUUGUGAACUUCAGUUUCUAGUUUUUUCUUGCAUGAACAUGAGGUGAUAGGGCUGCUGUGUUGCUGCCAUUGUAAUUGCUUUUACCUUGCUAACAUCACAGUUGCUUCAAACAUGACAUACUCUUUUUCAAGGCUUGUAUAUUACAUGUUCUAGUCAUGAUCUAUACCCAUGCUGAGCAUCCUGAUCAGCACAACAUAUAUAUGCAGUAGAGCUACUGAAUACGUGCUCGCCAUUAUCAGUGCCUCAGGACUGUGGCCAAUAGUCCUCCCUUGUUUCCAUGCGCUCACAUCAUCAAUUGACAAAAUUGUGUCAAUGUAGUAUGCUUGGAAGCCGCUCCUAGCACUAUGUGACAUUUUGAGGUCACAUUUACUUUUCCCUUACAUACUGUGUGUGUUGUGUAAAAGUGAUCUUUGUGAUGUGUAAGGUGACUUGCUGCUUAAAUAAAUGUGUUUUGACUGGAGAAGUCAUUUUCUGCUAAAAGCACAAGCCAGAAACCUAACCUUCUCCAGUUAAUUUGAUUUUUAAAAACUAAGCCUAUGAAGAAGUGCAUUCAUAUGAUAUUAUGGGGAAAAAAAUCUGACAUUUGAAGACUGUUUUAGUUUUACCAAACCACGAAAAAUGCAUGUGAUGACAAACUUUGCCAAAAAUAAAAAUGUUUAGAUUUUUUUUGUAAGACCUGCAUUUUUACUGUGAAAGCUGUUUUAAAUUAGAGUAAUACGCAAUUUUGAUGGCCUAGAUGUCCACCACUAUCAGUGUCUAACUACUAUCAAGUACAUCAAGAAAAAGAUACCCAGGAUCAACUGGGUUUUGAACCGAGGUCCUCUGCAUGGCAGUCAAGUAUUUUACCACAGUUUUAUUUUGGCGAUUGAAAGCUUCUACGCUAAAAGACUCUGUACAGGUGUCAUGUCAAGCAAACGAUCUUAUUAACAGGCAUAAUAAAGCAUAGUAGAAGAGUAAAAUA